AAAAAAGAUAACUAUAUUAUCCGUCAAAACAUCAAUAUUGCAUCAGCAAGUCCGUUUUUGUUCAAUUUAGAAUAACCUUCACCCUCUGGAAGCAUUUUAGCAGAUUGAUAAAAAUCAAAAACGUACUGACCCAACAGUGAUUAAACACAAUCGUUACAAAAUGACCUCACUAAAGUGACCUUGCACUAGUACUUAAAGCGGUUCAAACUCGACUUCUUUUCAAUGUUAGCCACGAUGGCCGAGAACGAGACCCUAGAUUACGAAAAUGUGUACAAAAAAAGUGCUAAGCGAUUUAUGCAUAAGGAGUAUCUGUUGUUGGGUGGGGGACCAAUCAAUUGCAGCGAUCGGGUACUGAAAGCUAUUUCGAUGCAAACUUUGAACCCUCUGUCGGUAGACAUGCACCAGUUAAUGGACGAAAUAAAGGAGAUGACGCAGUACCUCUUCCAAACAAAAAAUAGACUUACUUUAGUGAGUCAGACUUCUGGAAGUGGAGGUAAUGAAACGAUUAUUACGAAUCUUCUUGACCGUGGAGACAAGUUGGUAAUUGCUAUUGGGGGUACUUGGGGGGAGAGAGUCCUAGACAUGGCGCUACGAUACGAAUACGACGUCCUCCCGCUCACAAAACCCCCCGGUGAAGUCUACACUUUAGAAGAACUUGAAAAUGCGGUGAAAUCUCACAAGGCAAAGUUGUUGUUUGUAACCCAUGGGGAAUCCACUGGAGGUAUCCUCCAAAAACUGGAAGGACUUGGGCCCAUGUGUCAUAAAUACGGGUGUUUGUUGGGUGUAGAUGCCGUAGUUUCCAUAGCUGUUGACCCGCUCUUCGUCGAUAGAUGGGAAAUAGAUGCUGUCAAUGCUGGUACCCAGAAAGCUAUAGGUGCACCACCGGGAAUGUGUUUGCUCACGUUUAGCCCCCGAGCAGAGCAACGCAUGAGAGAGAAAAAAAUGAAACCUCCGUACUACUUCGAUAUGCUACGUCAAGGCAUCUAUUUUGACUGUUUUGGCGAUCACACUAGAAUGUUCCAUUAUACCUUUUCGUCAAAUAUGUUAUCCGCAGUACGUGAAGCUUUGGCCCAGAUAUGCGAAGAAGGACUUCUCGAAAUCUGGGCAAGACACAAACGAAACGUCGAGUACUUCUGGAAACGGCUCGAUGAAAUUGGGUACACGUGUUUCGUAAAGAAACGCGAAAAUAGGUUCCACGGGGUUACGGGAGUUAACGUACCGGAGGGAAUUAGCCAGAGGGAGCUCAUAAAAUUUGCCAAAGACAAGUACGACAUCGAAAUCGCACCAGGGUUUGGGCCAACCUUAAACAAAGCAAUGCGGCUGGGUUUGAUGGGUACGAACAGCCGACCAGAAAUGGCCGAUUACUUAAUAGAAGCUUUAAAAGACGGAUUGCAGCACUUGAAAAAAUGAUUGUAGAUCUUCAUUAAACAAUAAAGCCUUUUAAAUUCGUCAUAA